AUGACCAAGCUCGUUCCUGUCAAUAUGAGUCUCAAAUCUGUUCUGGGGGUUCUGUCACUGCUGGCUUCAGGCGCAGCCGGUUUCAACGUGCCCAGAGCCUCGCCGAAGGAGUCUCGCAUUGGCGGCACGAAGAGAUUCAUUCUUGAGCUUUCAAAAGACUCGGCCUUGGACAGAUUGACUUCAGAACUAGCGGAUCAUGAGGGCAUCAAGUUGUUCAAGACCUUCGAGAGUGAGGUCUUCACCGGUGUCAGUGUCGAGACCACGACGGACAACGCAGACACUCUCAGGAUCCUGCAGAACGUCGGCAAUGUGUGGCAGUCGAGAAAAGUCCAAAUGGCGUCGGUCAUGAACGGCAAGACGUUCGACAGCCACACGUCCGCUGCGAACUACUCCAUCCACGGCAUGACCGGAGUCGACAAGCUGCACGAGGCCGGUAUUCUCGGCAAAGGCGUCACUGUGGCUAUCGUGGACGCCGGUGUAGACUACAACCAUCCCGCGCUUGGUGGUGGUAUCGGGCCCGGUUUCAAGAUCCUCGGUGGAUAUGACUUGGUUGGUGGAUCAGGUUGGCCUGACCCUGGAUCUGACAAGCGCCCGGACGACGAUCCGAUGGAAAUCGACAGCAUCGGCCAUGGAACCCACGUCUGCGGGAUCAUCGCAGGAAAGACAGAUGGCUGGCAAGGAGUUGCUCCCGAAGCCAACAUCUUGUCCUACAAGGUGUUUGGUGAUGACGAUAGCGGCUCUACGGAUGAGGAAACGCUGAUCGAUGCUUUCCUCAGGGCGCAUGCCGAUGGAGCUGAUGUUAUUACUUCUUCCAUUGGAGGUCGGGGAGGUUUUGCUUCGAACGCCUGGGCUGAAGUUGCCUCUCGCUUGGUCGAUCAGGGUCUGGUUGUCACCAUAUCUGCCGGCAACGACGGAGACAGUGGUCUCUUCUUCCCCGACAACGGCAUGUCCGGAAGAAACGUCCUCGCUGUGGCUUCCGUGGAGCCAGACUAUGUGCCGGGCAUGCCGUUUGAGGUCACUUUCGACACCGGCAACCAUACCAGUACCUCAACUUGGGGUUUCUUCCACGGAUCUCUUCUUCACAACUUCCCCACCAACGAAACCUUGCGGGUAGUGACGAUAUCAGACGACCCGAACAAUGUCACGGUCGGUUGCGGGUUUGUUCCCCCGGAUGCUGACCUUGCUGGUCGCCUUGUGGUGGUCCCUAAAGGCGGUUGCAAUGGAUCAAUGAAGCGGUACAUCCUGUACGCUGCAGGCGCUGAACACGUCUUGUUCUUCAACGAUGAUAAGCUCUACCCGAUGCCCAACGACUGGCUGUCCCGUGGUGUCGAAGGGGUCAUGGGACACGAGGAGGGGGUCGCGAUUACCCAGGCCAUCGCCGACGGCGUCAACGUCACAGUCAGGUUCUUCAACGAGACCAAGGCGCCUCUCAUCAACUUGAAAAACCCUCGCGGUGCUGCCUCCGCCUUCACAUCCCUGGGCGGCCUCUACGACCUCGAAAUCAAGCCCGACAUAGCGGCGCCUGGCAGCAACAUCUUCUCUACCGUGCUGGAUGGCCAGUUCGGUGUCAAGUCCGGCACGUCGAUGUCAACCCCUUACGUGGCCGGUAUCGCGGCGCUCUACAUCAGCAAGUACGGCGGAAGAUGGGAACACGGCCGCGGCUUCGGCAAGAAGCUGUCCGCCCGGAUCAUGGCAAGCGGCAGUGCCGUUCGUUGGCACGAUGGAUUCAACAGCUCCGACUAUGACGCCUUCGCCCCGGUCUUCCAGCUCGGCAACGGGCUAGUCAAUGCCACCAAGAUAUUGGACUACCGUACGGAGCUUUCCUGGGGCGCCAAGUUUGCGCUGAACGACACCGCUCACUUCGAGUCUUGCCACCGGGUAAACAUCACCAACAACUGCACAACGCCCAUAACGUACAACUUCACCCUUCAAGCGGCUGGAGGCUUUGAGGCGCUGAAUGAUUUUGAGGGCUUCAACCUGGGCCCGGGAGCAUCAUGGACUUAUACCCCGAUGGAUAUGGUCCCUGAUGUCACGCUUCCCGAGGGCGAGUUUACGGUUGGGCCUGGCGAGACCAAGGAGGCAACUUUCCACUUCAAGCCCCCUAAAGGCCUCAAUCAGACGGCAAUGCCGGUGUACAGUGGCCAGAUCCUCAUCAGCGGGUCCAAUGGCGAGAAUCUCACGGUCCCGUACAUGGGUGUCGGCUCUGACAUCCAGAAGAACUUUAGACAGAUGUUCACUGAAGACUUCCCCUACAUACUGUCUUCAAAGAACAUGACCAGGAUAGAGGACAAGCCUACCUUCUCCUUCGAUCUCGACCCUUCCAAGCAAGACUUCCCCAGACUUUUCAUCACGGUCCGUUGGGGCGCUCCAAUCAUCCGAUGGGACAUCUUCGAAAGGGGCUGGAAGGAAAAAGACUGGACUUACCCGCCCGUUGCAGGCGAGAAAGGCUACGUCGGCAUGGCUGCGCCCUGGGACAAUGAGUGGUUCUACCCCUACUUUGACCCUGAGCUCCACAGCGAGAUGGACAUCAUCAGGGGCCCGCUGACCGAGCUGUCUCGGGACGUCUACGGAUACACGGCCUACCGUUUCUGGUGGCUCGGAAGACUCACCGACGGCCUCAAAAUCAAACCUGGCAAUUACACGAUGCGCGUCGCUGCGUUGAUCCCCUUUGGCGAUCCUAAGCGAAGCGAUCACUGGGAUAUCUAUACCAGAGACUUCAAGGUUGUUCGCAACAACAACACUCUUCCCGACGGCUUUUCGGCCAAGAGGAUGUCGCCUCGGGUGCCGUUGUAUGCCCCGAAUCUUUGA